CCGCAAACAAACCGAAGCAAAAAGUAACUGAAGAAGGAGGCUAUCAUCAGUUGACCAAAGGAGUGACGGGAAUGAGUGCUCGGCAAGCCCCUCCCUGUCUUGUCAGUCUGUGGUGUUGCAAUGGACAGAUUUGGGCUUGCACGUGACCCAGGCGGCCGCACGAUUCAUCAGUCUGCACACUUUAUCUUACGUAAGAGACUCCGACAAUCGUACCGGGAAGUACCGCAGCAGACCCCACCCCGAGCCCGACUCCUCGCGAUCCCGUUCCCGUCUCAACUCCGACAGAUUCUAGCCCCUCGAUUCUUGACCCGGCUUACCUGCGCACCCGUCCUGACCUUGGUAUGCCGAAAAUGCCGUUCUUUGGAGAAGAAGAGAAAUGAAUUCAAAGGUAUGAAAUACAAGUUUAUCAACUUCCCCUCAGGGUUAAACGCCAAGAGUGCUUGGCCCCGAAAUAGCUCGUGGGUCGGAAGCAACGUCAGGGGUUUUUUGAUCCAUGACAUUUCAUCCAAACCUUCCUCGCCUUCCAAAACUGGGUGUCCACCCUGUUUCUUUUCCCCGGCGGAUCUGUAUCCACCUCUCCUUCCUUUUGGUCCCACUUGUGACCGGCUUGUGCCACCCCACCUUCCACCCACCACAACCUCCCUCAAAGCCCUUGAUCCUUCCAUCUGCCUCAUCUCAGAAACCUCCCAUUUCCGGGAGAUGGAUGGCCUGUGCUCAGUCACAUCGUUAAACCAGUGACUGACCCUUUCGGGACAUGGCCGGCAAUAAUUGAUGCGUGUGCCACUUUCUGCACCCAUUUGCAAAGGGUGAUCAUUGUUAUUACUCUCGUCUUACCCGACAGGCCGCCCGACCGCUCUAGAUGAACGUGCAACAACAUACCGGUCGCAAAAAUUUACUGGCGAUACAGCACACAAUAUCAAAUUUAUCCUUUAUCCAACCG